GUCUCUAUUAUUUACAAUACCCAGAGACAUAACAUAUUUCUCUCCCCUCUCUUUGUAUACACAAAUAGUCUUUUCUAUAAGAAAAGAAAUUAAAAAAUGUUGACAAGUCCUAUUUGGAAAUCGAGAUUGUUGUAUUUAGGAAAUUAAAUAUCUUCUGCUUUCGAUUGCAUGCUGGAUUCUCUUGCAUUGAUCAAUUCCACACAUACACAAAUUCAAAGAGAGAGAAAAGAGAGAGAUCUGUCUGAUAUAGUUGUGCAGAGUUUCUCAGACAAGCAAUCCAUGGCUUAGAUAGAUAGCGACUUGGAAAAUAACACACCACCACCAUCAUCAUCAUAUAUCCUCUCUUCACGAGAUUAAUUUUAGCUUUCUUUUUACCACAAAAGAGAAUCUCUACUUAUGCCUUUCUCUUUCAACUUGUUUUGCUUAAUUAUCGUCUUCUUGGUAUAUCCGUUCCGAACUGCAAAGUAAAGUGGCUACUUGUGGAACCAAAAUAGCAUAUAGAAUAUAACAUCGUGUCUCGCUUUUUCUUCUUUUUUUCAUUCGCAUCCUGUUGGAGUUUUUCUUCAAAGGCAAUAUGUUCCCCACUGCUAUUUCCAAUUCAACUUCUUUGUCUGAGGAUGCCAGUGUUUCUUCUGGGACAAAAGUUCAGGACUUGGGAGGACUCAAUCCCUGGGUCUCAAACAUUUCUCCUCAACAACAACAACAGCCUCAAAAGAUCAAGAAAAAGAGAAGCCUACCUGGAAAUCCAGACCCAGAUGCUGAAGUGAUAGCCUUAUCUCCGAAGACCCUUUUGGCCACUAACAGAUUUGUUUGUGAGAUCUGUCACAAGGGUUUCCAGAGAGAUCAGAACCUGCAGCUUCAUAGGAGGGGCCACAACCUCCCUUGGAAGCUGAAGCAAAGGAGCAGCAAAGAGGUGAAAAAGAAAGCCUACGUUUGCCCUGAACCUUCAUGCGUUCACCACGACCCCUCAAGAGCCCUGGGGGAUCUUACAGGAAUCAAGAAACACUUCUGCAGAAAGCAUGGAGAGAAGAAGUGGAAAUGUGAAAAGUGCUCAAAGAUAUACGCGGUUCAGUCAGAUUGGAAAGCUCACUCAAAAACAUGUGGUACUAGAGAAUAUAGAUGUGACUGUGGAAUCCUUUUUUCCAGGAAGGAUAGUUUCAUAACACACAGGGCGUUCUGUGAUGCAUUGGCGGAAGAAAGUGCUAGACUAUCAGCAAAUCAAUUAGCUGCCGUCGCCACCACCACAUCAAAUCCAUUCCAAUCUCUCCAUCUUUUCCAAACCCAACAACAGAACUUCCAAAACCACCAAAUCAGCAGUUUCAACCAAUGGGACUCAUCUCAAGAAAACCCUAACCCUACCAAUAUUAUUGCCACUACUUCCCUCCACAUCAAGCCAGAGUCUCAAACCUUCCACAACCCCACCCUCUCUUCACUUCUCCAACAGCAACAACCUACCAACAACAAGGGCAUGAUAGCCUCAACCUUCGGGAACCUCCACGUGGCCACGCAAGCAUCUGCCACGUCAGCAUACAUGUCAGCCACUGCGCUGCUUCAAAAGGCUGCAACCGUUGGAGCCGCUGCCAUCACGGGCCCUGUUGGGCCACAACAGCGCGUGACGGGUCACGUGAAUCACGUGACCCACCACCUCGGCUCGGGCGAGUUCGGAAUCGGAACAGUGAGUCAACUCGACCCAGUGGUGGCGGUGCCAGAUAACAACUACAUGAGAACAACGUUCAAGGGUGACCGUCUCACAAGGGACUUUCUGGGUCUCACGGCAGAUGCUACCGGCGGCGCGGUUGACGUUAGCACCAACGUGAAGGAUAUGUUAACGUUCGCGGGGGGCGUAGAGUACCACCAACCGCACCGUCAGCAUCACCACCACGCGCUUCUGAAGCCCCAACAAGGCUUCGGUUUCCUUGGGACAGCCACUGCCCCCGAGACGUGGGGGAAUUGUUAGACACAGAAAUGAGAAUAGCUCCAAGUCACGAGGGUAAAAUAGGCAACACAACUUUGCCAUAACUUCUGACCCCUUGACUCUUGAUUCGUCAAUCAUCAAUCUGUUUUGGUUUUAACACCUCGUUAUAGAUUUUCUUUUUUCCCAAUCCACUUUAGACUUCACAUCUUAGUUUUGAAUGUUGUUCUCUCAAUUUAAAUCAAGUGCAAUAAUGCUUUAGUUCAGUUUUUCUAUUUGCCUGAAUAUCAAUAUAUUUGGUGCUUUGUUGUCA